AUGCAUCGUAUUAUUUCCACAUUUCUAAUAAUUAUCGGAUUUACUUUUGGACAAGCGCCAUUUUAUACUAAUCAUUGGUAUGGAGCUAAUCAGAAUAAUGCUUUCACUGGAAUUGUCAUAAAAAGUCCAUCUAAACCUAUCAGUAGUAACACGUUAGCACCUCAUGUUUGUGGUUUCAAUCCUGUCACUCGUAAAUGCAUGGAUCCAGAACAUUUCUGUCCUGGGAGAUGUAUGAAUUUCGCCUAUAAUUCUCGAUAUGAUUGUCGUUGUUUAGUCAUCUAA